UCUUGAACAGUUUCUACAUUAGUACUUAUGUCAGUAAUCAUAGAAACGGAAUUCAUUAUUAACUAAGAACAAUUAAAUUGUACUGAUUUUAUACUAAAAAUGAUUGGUGUAAGGUCAUUUUUAGGUCCCCCGGAGUGUUUUGCUCCUUAUUGUUACUUAAGUAAAUAUAUUUUUGAUAUAAAUCAGCGCUAUGCCGAACUUGCGAAAAUCCUUGGAUUCUCAGACAGUUUAGAAACACCAAAAUUUGGUUGGCUGAAUAUACAUAUAUGUGAGCAACAAAAGUGUAUGAAAAGCCUAGAUAUAACAGACGUCAUUUCAAGAAAAGGUUACAAGUCUAUAGAUGUUAAAGGACAGAUCAAUCACAAGAAUUUAGGUACAUUUCUAGAGAGAAAUGAAACAUUAAAAUCAACAAAUGUGUCUCUGGUAUUGAUAAAUAAUAGCUUGGAGUUGUUGAGUGAAGUAAAUGCACUUAAGAGUACGGAAAAGGACAUACUGUUUAUAAUAAUAUUAGACAAAACUAAUGAAAAACAAUCAAUUUCAAAGUGUCAAACAGAGGAAAGAUCAAGUGGUAAUGUAUUAAUUACAUCAAGGGAGAAUGUGAAUGACGAUAUAGGUGAUAUGUUAGAACGCAUCGUACUUAAGACAAUGAAAACAAAAUGUGAAAAUGUUUACAAAUGGCUGAAUGAAAUGAAGUCUUCGGUUGUGAAUAAAUUGACCACAGACGGAAGCAGGAAACGAAAGUCAUUUGAUGAAGCCCGCUGUAAAAUUAAAAUGAUGUGCACUCAUAGAUUGACUAGCCACGAUAAAGAAAACGACAGUAUGUGUCAACAUUUCUACACACCAACAGGAAUCGACGACCACGUUUCUUCUAAUGACAGGAAUAUCAAUGAUAAAAACAAAGUUUGUCCACAGACAGGCGUUGAGGAAAAUAGCAUAGCAAAACGCACAGACAGUCGCAGCUCAUCGACGUCUACUUCUUACAGACAAGAAUGUAUUGACCGCGAUACCAUUGAAAGCUUACUGGGGGAAAUGGUUGCCCUCUUUAGUAAUAGUAAAGUUCCGCACUAUGAACGACCCAACCUCCCGCAGUAUGAGGAGAAGGAAAUCAUCGAGGAGCUCAGAACAGAAUUACUUGAUAUUUCUCCAUCUAUAAGGGGAGUCGGCUUUCGUUUUACCUGCUUCGUCGUAUACGUUGAAAGAACGGGGACAAAACGCCUUCUACGAAAAAUACGAUCUGUAUUAAGGAAGUACCAGAUAGAUGACUAUGAAAUACAAACCGUUUCGGAACAAAGAGAUUAUUGCCGAGUUGGUGCCAAAAUACGUGCAGCUAGAAGAUGCAAAGAUCAGAGCAAACCAGUGGAAGGUACUCUUGGAUGCUUUGCGAAGAAUACGGAUGGAAAAGAUACUAAUAUGUAUGCUUUAAUUUCGAAACAUGUUGCACAAUUUUGUGAUUCAUUUAAAAUUUCCUCUACCUCUGCUUCCGACAUAUUAUGUAAAGUGAUAGAGCGAAGUGUGACACAAACGGGUUUGGACAUUGCAGCUCUCUGGCUUGAUCUUAAUGACAAAAGUAUUAAAAUCUGCGCUAGAUAUAAAACUGAAAUGAUUGACGAUGAAUCGGCAUCGGGAAGUGCGGAAGGCAAUGACGGUUCUGACCUAUUACAAGGCAAACUCCAUCACUACUCUGAUCAACUCAAAUGUGGUCAAAGUGAUAUAGUAUGUAAUGGGCAGAAAGUGUAUAUUUGGGGAGCUGUAUCAAAACCCGGAAAAGGCGUGAUAACGAUGCGUGCUUUUAAAAGUGGAGAAAUGAAAGCAUUGAUUCAGGUCGAAGAUAGAGUGCCUAGUAUGGUAGGAGAGGUUCCAGAACGGUUUUGUUGUUCUGGAGAUAGCGGUGCAAUUGUGUGUGCGGAGGACAGGCGUGGUAAAUGUGUCCAUAUUCUGGCUAUGGUUAUGGGAAUUGCAAACGAAAAGGAAAUUAAGGAAAAUCCAAAAUUAAGAGGGAGAUAUUUAACGGUUCCAUUGUCGAGCGGACUUGAAGAGCUUCAAGACCGAACGGGACAUAUUUUUCAGAUUUGUGAAUGUAUAGACAGCUAGUUAUUUAUUUCUGCUGCUCUCCGAAGACAAUUUGUUUGAAGUCAAAUGACUUUAGAAUAAAAUUCAUGUUGGGUAAAUGUCAUAUAUUUGAUAGGAGCACGUUAGUAUUGGUAUUGAAUUGUCGGUAAAACGCAGUUCUUAUGCAAAACAAUUAAUAAUUAUUGUAAGGUUAAUAUAAUCUUGUUUUUUAUUCAGUGUGGUGCACCUAUAAAAAUACUCAUACAUGAUAUAUACAUGUUUUUAAGAGGUCGUAGUUUUUGAAGCCAGAUUAAAUUACAUUUAAAUAUUAAAUACUUUACUGUGUAUAUAACAGCAAAAUUUUACACUUCAGUAUAUUGUUAUCCCUGCUUAAUCCCUCUCUCUCCCAAAAAGCACAGACAAUAACGUACAGGUAAAUGUAAAUGAUACCAACUCGCAUGUCUUGACAAUGAAAGUAAAUACCUUCGUGUAUGUUUGUUUCUGUUUGUUGCUUCUAUGUUAUUUUUACUGUAGUCUGUGAUCGUGUCAUUAUUUCAUAUGCGCAGCAUCUGUUACAUGUGUAUAUUUUACAUAUUAAUAUUCUUUAUGGACUGUAUGGAGUGCUGUCUUCCCAGCAGCAUUUUUUGAAUCCUGUUUGUUUCCCUGACAAAACUAAUCAUUUUAUAAUCUUAUGAUUUAUGUACUAUAUACUUAUGAUACUUUCUAUAUAAGUAUUUACAACCACUUCCCACUACCGAAAUUCACAAAGGGUAAUUAACCGUUUAGAUUAGCGUUACUUACAGGUUGAUCCCAUGUAUCAAAGGCCUUGAAAGAGUAAUUUGUAAGAUGUCAUGAUGCAGUGGGUAAAAUGUGUGAAAAAUUCAACUUUCUAUCGUAAGUUCUUGUUGAGAUAUCCAAAACCCUCUUAUGGUGAGAUAUUCAAAACCCUCUUAAGGUUCUAGUAAGCUGUUUUUUUUUGUUUGUUUAUUUUUUUAAUUUUUUUUUUGGAUUUAACGUCGCACCGACACAUGAUAGGUCAUGGCGUCUUAUGGUUCUAGUAAGCUGUGGAACUAUGUAUAGUUAUCAGUAAGUAUAUAAGGUAUUCGCCAGGCGUGGAUGAUUUGUAUUAAUUCUGUCCUCAACGUAUACAACAUGGUAGGAUUUGUGCGCAAUUUAUUGGUUUAAGCCCUACAAUGGUGUUUAUGCCUCUAAGCGUUGAAAGCCAGUGCCUCAUUGUGUUUUCUAGUGUCCGUGUUGUCUAUUAGUUUCACUUUAUGUAUUUUUGUAUGUUUUACACAUACAUACGCUGUUUCGGGAGCCUGCGUUCUAGGGACGUGGCUGUUGCUGUUAGAUACAUGUCCUCCAUUCUCGUCAUUUGG